GGGGUGCCACGGUUCAAUUCUUGGGCCGACUCUCUUCUCUGUAUUCAUCAAUGAUGUCGCUCUUGCUGCUGGUGAGUCUCUGAUCCACCUCUACGCAGAUGACACCAUUCUGUAUACUUCUGGCCCUUCUUUGGACACUGUGUUAACUACCCUCCAGACGAGCUUCAAUGCCAUACAACUCUCCUUCCGUGGCCUCCAACUGCUCUUAAAUACAAGUAGAACUAAAUGCAUGCUCUUCAACCGAUCGCUGCCUGCACCUGCCCGCCCGUCCAGCAUCACUACUCUGGACGGUUCUGACUUAGAAUAUGUGGACAACUACAAAUACCUAGGUGUCUGGUUAGACUGUGAACUCUCUUUCUAGACUCACAUCAAACAUCUCCAAUCCAAAGUUAAAUCUAGAAUUGGCUUCCUAUUUCGCAACAAAGCAUCCUUCACUCAUGCUGCCAAACGUACCCUCGUAAAACUGACCAUCCUACCGAUCCUCGACGACGUCAUUUACAAAAUAGCCUCCAACACCCUACUCAACAAAUUGGAUGCAGUCUAUCACAGUGCCAUCCAUUUUGUCACCAAAGCCCCAUAUACUACCCACCACUGCAACCUGUACGCUCUCGUUGGCUGGCUCUCACUUCAUACUCGUCGACAAACCCACUGGCUCCAGGUCAUCUACAAGACCCUGCUAGGUAAAGUCCCGCCUUAUCUCAGCUCACUGGUCACCAUAGCAGCACUCACCCUUAGCACGCGCUCCAGCAGGUAUAUCUCACUGGUCAUCCCCAAAGCCAAUUCCUCCUUUGGCCGCCUCUCCUUCCAGUUCUCUGCUGCCAAUGACUGGAACGAACUACAAAAAUCUCUGAAACUGGAGACACUUAUCUCCCUCACUAGCUUUAAGCACCAGCUGUCAGAGCAGCUUACAGAUCACUGCACCUGUACAUAGCCCAUCUAUAAAUACCCCAAACAACUACCCCAUCCCCUACUGUAUUUAUUUAUCUCGCUCCUUUGCACCCCAGUGUUUCUACUUUGCACAUUCAUCUACUCCAAAUCUACCAUUCCAGUGUUUUUAAUUGCUAUAUUGUAUUUACUUUGCCACCAUGUCCUAUUUAUUGCCCUUCUACCUCCCUUAUCUCACCUAAUUUGCUCACAUUGUAUAUAGACCUGUUUUUCUACUGUAUUAUUGACUAUGUUUGUUUACUCCAUGUGUAACUCUGUGUUGUUGUAUGUGUCGAACUGCUUUGCUUUAUCUUGGCCAGGUCGCAGUUGUAAAUGAGAACUUCUUCUCAACUUGCCUACUUGGUUAAAUGAAGGUAAAAUAAAAAAUAUCAACUGAGCUACGAAGGAGCACGUCGACGUCACUAGAAUGAUGACAAGCAAUUUUAACGGAUUCUAAAGGGAAUCAUAGAAUUCCAAACUCAUUUCUAUGGCAUUACAGUGGUCAAUUUUGUAAACAAUCAUUUUCGAACGUGUGUUGCCAAGAGACAUCUAACCGACGUUCUAUGGAACGUUUUCUGUGCGAAAACAACUUCAGUUUGCUGCUGACAACAAACUUGUUUGAUUUUUGACACCUGAGAUAGAACAAUCGACUGGAAAAUGCCUGGGUGCUUUUCAAGACUGGCGGAGAGAGUGCGUGGACGUCGGCGGCCUAAUGCGUCGACAGGUUGUUCAAAUUCAUUUGUGGCUUGUUUUUCUUGUCUUUUUCUGUUUUGCAUAGUUCGUGAUUGUCGACAGGUGGACAGCGACUUCGAAGAGGAAACAACUGUCCUGGAUGAGGUCCAGUUGGAUGUGCCAUUGGAUGAUGUGCCAGAUGUUCCACAGCUGCAAGUCCUCCUUGAUGUCCAGAAUGCUGCUAUCAUCCUUGAGGAUGUGCAGACUAUCCUUGAGGAGGCCACUGGCAAUUGGCAGUUGAUUCCGAUUAGGUUCAGCCCCCUGUACUGUGGGCCUGUUGUGAUCAGGAACAAUGCCAGUCCGGUGGUUAAAGCUUGGAGAACUUUCCAGUUCAUCAGCCCCAUCAUCACCUACAUGCGUGGGGGAUCCCAGCAGGUGGUGGUGAGGAUGCACCACUUUAGUAGGGUGAGAGGCCUGGAGACUCAACUGGUGUGGGCCAUCUCCAAGGAGACAGCCAGGCUUAGUCCAAAGGGCAUCCCCUACUGUGCCACCAAAGUGCAGUCCAUCACUUGGAUCCAGCGUGUGGCUGGCAGGGUGACCCACUAUGUGUCUCACCUUUGCCACGAGAUGUCUGUGGACGUGACGCUUGGCUGCUACCAGCAGACUGAUGUCUCAGUGGUGUACGCCACUCUCCACAUGGGGCUGGACGGGCUUCUCUCCUCUUCAGCGUGGUCGGAGGCUGCCUCCUUCUCUACGCCCACCACUCAGCAGUUCACUGACCCAGAGCCUGAGGGCCACAACUGCUAUAAGGGCUGGGAGGAGGACCUGCUGCCUGAGGAGAGGGAGGUUCCUCUGCUAAACCUCUACCUUACCACCAAGAGAGUGGAAGACAUCGCCCUGAGGCUUGUCUCCCUGCGCCAGGCCUUCACUGUGAGUGGAUCCACUUUUCUUUUUCUCUCUGUGACUUCUUGUUCUGUCUCCUAGAGGAAGAUGCCUCACCCUAACUCUUCCCUCUCCCCUAGACCCUGCUUGGUUCCAC